AUGAAUUCAGAAAAAAGUGGUAUGGGUGGAACAUCAUAUGGAGGCAAUGAACUUGGUCAUGGAUAUGAAGGUAUAAAUAUCUCUGAUCCAAUCAUAUGCCAAAGAACUUUCACAAUAAAUAAACUGAAAGAAUGCUUGUUCAAGGAGAAAAUAAUUCUAAUUCAAUCACCACCAAUGGCUGGUAAAACUUCACUUGCACAACUUCUUGAAAAACAACUUUUGACUGAUUGUCCUGAUAUGAGAAUCAUUAGAAUUUCAUUAUUGUGGAUGGAGGAUGAUGAUUCAAAUUGGAAAUUUUCUGACUGCUUCAGUUGGCUCAUGGGAGGAACUGGUUGGCAUCAAUUUGCAGCAGAGUGUUCACAUAUUGAAAUUGUUUUAAUUGUUGAUGAGGUACAAAAACUUUAUAGGUUAGACUCAGAAAAUGCUGAACCACAUCAUGAAGGAAAAGAAUUUUGGAACACAUUUAAGGAUAUCCAACAAUAUAGUAGACUAUAUAUUGUAGCAUUUGCAUCUUAUGUUUAUCAUGGUGCAUAUGAUUAUAGUCCAAACAGUGAUGAUAUUAUGAAAAUUUCACCUUUUCAACUGAGUGAACAUAACACAUGGGGAUUUAAAGAGAUUCGGUUCACUUCUGAAGAAUACAAUGAUUAUGUAACAAAUUUUUCUAGAAGUAAGUUGAAUUUAUCGUCACAACAGGAUGAAGAUAAUUUGCUAAAUUAUAUUAGACAAUGUACUUUAUGUCACCCAGGAUUAGUCACAUUCAUAUUAAAUCACAUAUUUGAAAGAUUUAUAUCUCAGAUUAAACAAAAUGAAAAAAGAUUAACAUUUUCUGAAAUAUUUAAAUAUUUAAAAUCAUAUAAUUUUUAUGCAAAUUUAAUGGGAGCCAGGACUGCUCUUGGCCUUAAAAACAUGGACAAAGAUGAAACAUAUUUAUGUGAUACUGUAUUGUUUAAUCCAACUGGAAUACCAAUCUGUCUUGAGACAGUCCCUAAUUAUGGACAUUUAUAUAAGACCAAUUUAUUAUCAAUUGUAGCUUCUGGGCCCAAUGAUAAAUUCCUUGAUUUUGCAGCUCCUUUACUUAGAGUUGCAUAUUUACAAACCAGGGUGGGUUCAACAAAUCAUUCAACUAAAGCACCAGAAACAUUUAGGGAUUUUUUGAAAUUGACAUUUGUCAAUAUGAAUCCGGAAACUUUUUGCAAAUCCCUUGAUGUUGGUAGUGAUGAUUGGGCAAUUGAACUCUUACGUGACAGUCAGAACAUUAAAGAACACAUUAAUAGAUUUCAAAAAGGUGGCAAAUAUGAUUCAAUCAUUGAUAUUGCCAAAGAAUAUGUAGUUAUCAAUAUAACCCAGGAUAAACAAUAUUCAUCAUUUUUUUCUGGAAAGAACUACAUAUAUAUAGAAUUUAACCAAGACUUUAAUAAGGUGGUUAUGAAUUUUCCAGAUGGGGAGAAAACAGAAAUGUCUUUAGGAGGUAGUAGAAUAUUAAGUGUUGAAAUGCAAUUUUGA